CUCAUAAUCUAAGGACUGGAAAAGGUCAAAGCAAAAGAUACCCUUGGUCUGCUGUUUCAUUUCCUUGAAGAUUUCUCUGAUCUCUGAAGCAAUAAGCAAAAUGUUGCACAUUCGCCGCUUGGCCGCUUCCAGGAAUGUGGCCGCAUUGGCUCGAGGUCCCGUGGUCCGAGCCACCACGACAACUUCUCGAUUGCAUCAGCCAACCUUUCGAGCUUUUUCUUCCUUGACAGAUCCUGGUUCCCAUCUGUUCGCCAGUCAUUUGGGUGCUAUCGAUAGCCCUGCUCCACAAGUUCCUGCCGACGAAGUCCCCCCCGCUGUCAAGGAUGCCCAGCUUCGAGCCGAUAUUCGUGCCAUGGGAAGAAUGUUGGGACAAGUCAUUCUGCAGUAUGAAGGUCAAGAUAUCUUUGAAAAGGUGGAAAAAAUGCGUUCCUUGGCAAAGACCCGCCGUGAAGCUGGAGCCGGUCGAGUGGAAGAAACCAAGGCAGAAUCGGAAGCUGCAUUCCAAGAUUUGGCAGAAUACGUCUCCACAUUUAGCAAGGAAGAACUCUUGGUGGUCAGCCGUGCCUUUACGCAUUUUUUGGCAUCGGCCAAUGCUGCCGAAAAACACCACACUAAACGCGUGUUGGAAGAGUUCAACACCACCAAGGGAGCAUUUUACGACAAGGCGGAUAGCAGUGGACAGGUCAUGGCAAGCUUGGCAGAGGAACAUUCUCCUGAUGCAGUCUGGAAAGCAUUGACAACGCAGACCGUAGAAUUGGUUUUGACCGCGCAUCCUACCGAAGUCAAUCGUCGUACCAUUCUAGACAAGCACCGUCGUAUUCAAGAGGUCCUGACUGACGCCGACGCACUUCGUAACAGUGGUAGAACCACAACCGACUUUAUGAAGCAACAACUCAAUGAUAGUCUUCAGCGGGAAAUCUCUUCCAUUUGGUUGAGUGACGAGGUGUCCCGACAAAAACCCACGCCUCAAAACGAAGCCGAAAAGGGAGUUCUCGUGGUGGAAACGGUUCUUUGGAAGACUGUACCCAAUUUCCUCCGCAAAUUGGAUGCCACGGCACAAGAGUUCCUGGGACGUGGCAUACCGCUCGAUGCUGCUCCCAUCCGUUUCGCCAGUUGGAUGGGUGGAGAUCGUGACGGCAAUCCCAACGUCGAGCCGGAUACGACACGUGAAGUUUGUCUCAAGAACCGGGCCAAAGCGGCGGCGCUGUUUUCCAAGGAUUUGCAAGAGCUCUGGAAGGAAUUAUCGCUCACAACCUGUUCGGACGAAUUGAGGAAGCAAGUGGGAGAGGAUGUCAGAGAGCCCUACCGAAAGUUCAUGGUGCCGAUGUUUGAGAAGCUGCAGCUGACACAAAAAUGGGCCGAACAGGAAAUGAAACUCUUGACUGGAUCUGCUGGAGCCGAUGUUCAUUUCGACAAAAUUGAACCGACAGAGAUCUAUCUAACCAAAGAUUCAUUCAGGGAUGACCUUCUCUUGAUGCAUCAUUCUCUCUGCGAAACUGGCAACCAUGUGGUUGCUGAUGGUUUCUUGGCGGAUAUCCUCAGGAACGUGUCUGCCUUUGGAUUGACUUUGGUGCCCCUGGACGUGCGACAAGAAAGUGACAAACACGAGGAGGCACUUGAUGCUGUGACUCGCUUCUUGGGACUGGGGAGCUAUUCUCAGUGGGACGAACAGACCAAGGUUAAUUGGUUGACCCAACAACUUGCCUCCAAGAGACCCCUUCUUCGCCCCGGAGUUUGGCAUGACCACCCUGAUAUCUUUUCUGAAACAACAAUUGACACUCUUGGGAUCUACCAGAUGAUUGCAGAGCAAUACGAAGGCAGCCUUGGCGCAUACGUAAUUAGCCAAGCCACGAGCGCCAGCGAUGUGCUUGCCGUGUUGCUCCUGCAGCGAGAUGCAGGUGUGAAGAAGCCACUUCGUGUCGUACCGCUCUUUGAAACACUUGAUGACUUGAAUGGAGCCGGCGAAACCAUGAAGAGUCUCUUCUCGAAUCCAGUCUACAUGGGGAGUAUCGCUGGAAAGCAGGAGGUUAUGAUUGGGUAUUCAGAUUCUGCGAAGGAUGCUGGAAGACUUGCAGCAAGCUGGGCUCAAUACGAAACCCAAGAGGAGUUGGCUCAAAUUGCUCGAGACUUCAACGUUGAGCUCACCUUUUUCCAUGGCAAAGGAGGAACUGUUGGUCGUGGAGGCAACCCGCAAACUUUCAAGGCCAUCCUUGCCCAUGCACCUGACACUAUCAACGGGCAUUUCAGAGUGACUGAACAAGGAGAGAUGAUCUAUCAAAACUUUGGACAUUACGACAGAGCAGAGCGCACAAUGGACAUUUACACCUCCGCCAUUCUUGCUGAGAAACUCACCAAGCGAACGAAGCCUUCUACCGAAUGGCGCAACAUGAUGAAGAAAUUGUCCGAUAUCAGCUGCGAGGCCUACAGAAAGGUAGUUCGAGGCGACGAACGAUUUGUCCCCUACUUUAGGUCUGCCACGCCGGAGUUGGAGUUGGCCAGUCUGAACAUUGGGUCGCGACCCGCAAAGCGCAAAGCCACCGGUGGAGUCGAGAGUCUACGAGCAAUUCCUUGGAUUUUUGCUUGGACCCAGACUCGUUUCAACCUUCCUACUUGGUUGGGCGUUGGAGAAGCCAUCGGUUCCGUUUUGAAGAGUCCUGAUGCCGACUUGCUUCGCACUAUGUAUCGCGACUGGGGAUCCUUCCGAACCACUAUCGACAUGGUUGAAAUGGUCUUAGCCAAGUCGGACCCGUCCAUUGCCAAGCAUUACGAUGAGGUCUUGGUGACAGAGGACAAAGCCAAGGCGCUAGGAACUGAAGUUCGUGCUCUCCACCAGGAAACCGAGGGCGUUGUUCUAGACUUGGCCGGGCACACAACCCUGAGCGAAGACAACAGCAUUCUGAGACGGCAACUUGCUGUCAGAGAUCCAUACGUGGACUGCCUGAAUGUGUUGCAGGCAGAGACGCUCAAGAGGAUCCGAUCUACAGAAGGUGCCGAGGACGACAAGGUGUUGAAGGAUGCCUUGAUGACAACCAUCUCUGGUGUCGCCAACGGAAUGGGAAACACCGGCUAAAGGGUUGGAUGAGUGGUUCAACAAGACGAGGUAUUUUGGUUAGUGGUUUCAAUCCUUGACUUGUGUAGUAAUAUCGUUAGGAUGCAUAGAGAGUUUUGUUGUAUGUC